AUGAAGAGGUUCGACCGGAAUUUCUGGAGCUGCGGGGACUACAAAGAGGAGGAUGGUGGGCCCGGACCGCAGGACAAGCACUGUCGCGAGAGGCGCGUGAAGCGGCUACGAGGCGAGGUCGAAGUGAGGGGCACGCAGGACGAUGGAAUGGGCAACAACACGGACCACGGACGCGUCGCGCGCCGCGGAGCGGGCUCUCUCCAUUGCAUUCGAUAA